GCUCGGAUCUUUGACCUUGCCUUUUCCGGGUAGAUGCAACAGCCUUUUGCUUAUUCUGAUCUGGGGGAAACAUCAGUUGGAUUUGUUUCAAGUUUUCGGCGAUUAAUUCUGAUUUGGGCAUCUAUCUUUUGGAUCUCUAGGGUUGGUUCAUCUUUCUUUUGAAGCCAUUCAUUUUCAUUUCAUAUAGUGGAACUUUGGGUUGAUGAAAAAAGGAUUUUUCCCGUUGAAAUUUUACAAUUUACCUCUAAUACCCAGUUUUUCUUUGCAGUAUCCAAAAUCCCAUUGUAUUUUGUUAACUUAAUUAGCCAAAGAUUGUUGAAAAAGUUAUGGAUUUAGCUCAAGAAGAACCUGCUGGGGAUGGGGAAAUGGAGGAAUUGGUUAGAUUAUCAUCUGCCAAUAUUCCUCGCGUGGAAAAUCAUCUCCACAGAACACAUUUUCCGGGUAUUGUGAGGAAGAAAGCAUACAUAUUCGAUGGUCUCGGAAAUUAUUAUAACAAGGAAUGGGAUCUUGCUGAAGGUAGUGGCCAAGAGUUUUGUUGGUACCAUGUAGAACUUCCAAAAGGGAAGCAAAAGCUUUCUCAAUCUGCACAAUACCUUAUAGAUGUUCUCUGUCCACCAUUAAAGCUUCAAGACAUUCUCUCUCUUGUUAGUAAUGGACCGUUUUGCGGACAUGUCGAUGGAGCCCUCGUCUUUCGGGUGAAUUCAGCUGGCCCUCCCUCAAGUAACUUUACAUUUAGAUUAGCUGCAAGGGUUACCAUGAAUUCGGUGAUUACCAUUUCGUUGGGACGAGUUCCGAGAUUAGGUUUCUCGCCUGUUGGACAAUCCCUUCUCUCGGAGAUUCCUAGUGUCGAAAGUCCAUCUUAUCAUAGAGGAGAGAGGAAGGAAGGGAGUGGAUUUGUUAUUAGAGAACAUGUUCUUGAGUUCUUGUUGACAAUGAAUCACUCUGAGGAAGCUGACAAUCCCGUUCCAAAGUCUGUCUCGAACCUCGUUGUUCACAUCCUCGAUACACACGUGGAUCAUCUACAAGAUGUUGUUACUAAACUCGAAAUGGAGUUGGAUUCUGUGGAGCUUGAAUUGGAUGGAGGUGGAUUUGCUUUAAAGAAAGAGAUGCUAGAUGAGAGAAGAUUCCCCAAAAUGCAUCUAAAUUUGCAACGUCUACUGCAGGUGAUUGCCCAUGGGGAGCAAGUAUUUCCCCGAGUAAAGGAAAAAUGCUCUUCGAAACAUUGGUUUGCUGACGAAGACAUCAGCUCCCUUGAAGAGCUGAUUGGACGGUUAAGGAGGCUGAAAGAGAACGUAGGGUUUCUAGCAAAUCGUGUCACCGCAAUUCAGGCCGGUUUGGAUAGCUGGCAGUCUGAGCAAAUUAACAGAAAACUCUAUUAUCUCUCUUUUCUUUCUAUAAUAUUCCUUCCUUUAUCCGUCAUCACCGGAGUGUUCGGAAUGAAUGUGGGUGGAGUUCCAUGGACCGUGCAAAAGGACCCUGCUCUAAAAGAUGGUUUCCGCAAUGUCUUGGCUCUUUGUGUAGCGAUGCUGCUUCUAGUGUUGCUAUGCUUCAUUUUCCCUGCUCUUUAUACUCGGUUGACUGCCUGGCAUCGGAGGAGGUCUUUGAGAAGAAGUUGGUCCCAUAACCAGAGAUCAUUCCUCAAGAGAACAAUCGGAACUCAAGAAAGAGGUGGUUACCUCAGGAUUUGACAAGGUUAAAGAAAUUCAUUUCCAGGGUAUUUCCGUUUGCUGUUUCCUCAAUCACGCAUGCAAACUGUACUAUUUUCCGAUAACAUCAUUCGACUGUUCUAAAAAUAUAAAUAACGUUGAUCACUUCCUCUUAUUUAGGCUAGAGGCAUCGAAGGCUCUCCGUUAGAGGUGAGUCUUGUUCGUUCACCCGUUUUGUUGUAUGUUGUAUCAUCUUUUCUGAAAGAUUCAACUGUGCAGGUGGUUCCAUUAAAGUUUGACAGUACAAAGACUUUUUUUGUGUGUGUUUUAUUGCGA